AUGACUGAUAUUCUCCAUGAAUUCUAUUAUAACGCAGGAACGCUUCUCAAAGGUGUUAAUAUGCCAGAUCCUGACCUCAUUAUUUCAAGCAGAUGCAUUGAAAUAUAUGGGAAUGACCCAAAAGAUUAUUGCUUUUUAUACUCAAAAGAAACCUUAGAAUCAUUCAGAUUCGAAACAAAUCCUCAAAUAACAAAAAUUGGAAAAUAUGCCUUUUUGAAUUGUAAAAAAAUACAACAAAUUGAUCUCUCUGCUUGCUCAAAACUCACAGUUAUAUGCGAGUAUGCAUUUCAAGGAUGUUCUUCUGUUAUAGAGCUUCUACUUCCAGAAGGACUUCAAUAUAUUAAAAAUCGCGCAUUUCAAGGAAUAUCUAUUCAAUCAAUUGAAAUCCCAACUACAGUAAUUGAUAUAAAUGACUAUGGACUUGAUAUUUCUAAAUUAUCAAACAUUACUUUCAGAGAAGGAUCUAAACUUCUAUCACUAUCCAAUCUAGCAUUUUCUGGCACUAGUUUAGUUGAAUUCACAGUUCCAGAGUCAGUUAAAUCAAUCGCAGGAACGUUUCUUUCAGGAGUUACCACUCUUAGAACAAUAAGUGUUCAUAAGAAAAAUCAAUAUUUUGUGAGUGAUAACUAUGCUGUAUAUACAAAGGAUUAUUCAACAAUUGUUGCUUUUGCUGCAAAUUCAACCAUCGAAUAUGAAAUCAACCCUAAAACUAUGUCCAUUAAUCUUGGAGUAUUUUGCAGUGCAUUAUGCAAAUCAAUUACAAUACCUCAAUGCGUUACAUACAUAGGACCUUAUGCAUUUGCUUCUACUAAAAGUCUCGAACAAAUUAUUUUACCUCCAAAUCUAACUACAAUUCAACAAUAUUGUUUUAUUAACUCUGGAUUAACAUCAAUUGAUAUUCCGAGCAAAGUUACAUUUAUUAAUGAUUGUGCUUUUAUAAAUUGUUUGUCAUUGAAAACAAUCAUUAUUCCAUCAAAUCUCAAAACUGUUGGGGGCUUUAUAUUUCCAUCAGAUCCAAGUAUCAACUUUACUAUAAAAGAUGACGCUCUGGUUAAGAUUGAUGAUCAAACUUUAAUAAUGGCCAAAGAUAAUUCAUCAAUUUCAUUAUUACUAGAUUCAGCAGCUACUACGAUUAAAAUUCCAAGUCAGGUUAAAAGAAUAAAAACUUUAGCUUUUUCCAACAAAAAACUGCUUGUUUCAAUUAUUUGUGAUGGAACUUCUGAAUUAGAAAUUAUCGAAGAUAGUGCAUUUUCUAAUUGCGAAAUGUUGACAUCAAUCCCAUUUUUUCCAAAACUAAGAGAAAUCAAUAGAGGUGCAUUUUAUAAAACUAAUUUACCUAAUGUGUUUACCUUUCCAUCUAGUUUGAUUUUUGUCGGAAAUAAAGCUUUUUCUGAAGUAAAAACAUUGGAACGUAUCAAAUUUACUUCCAAUACAACCUCUUUAAAUAUCCAAGAUUCUGCAUUUGCUGGUUGUACAUCUUUGAAAAAUGUUUCAUUCGAAGAAUGCUCAAGCAAUAUAAGUUUAGGGCAAAAUGUGUUUGAGGGAUGUAAUUCUCUAUCUACAUUUAAUGUGAUUAAUAAUAUUAAAAUGAUUAAUUCUGGUUGUUUUAUGAAUAGCGGAUUGAAAUAUAUUGUAUUUGAAAACAACAUAACAUCAUUUGAUAAUCUUCCUGCUAUGUUAUUGAAAGGAUGUACCAAUAUCACAGAAAUUGACAUUCCCAAAAAUGUAAUAUCAAUCGGGAAUGAAUGUUUUAGAGAGACGUCCAUAAGACAUAUUACAAUUCCAAAUAGUGUUGAAUCACUAUAUUCACAAUGUUUUAGGGGAUGCACUUUUCUUGAACGCAUAUAUAUCUCAUCUACAUGCAAUCUUUUUAGGAUAUUUCCAGAAAUAGUUGAAGAUUGUACAUCUCUAUCAUAUAUAAGUGAUUUUUCAAGUAACCAUCUUGUUUGUCAAAAUAGUACUAUUUAUGACAUAAACUUUGGUCGCGUUUAUCUUCAUGCACCUGCAUGCAGAGACAACUAUAUAAGUUUUGACCGUCGACUCAGAAGUGUUGCUGAUAGCGCUUUUAUUAAUAGCAUUUAUAUAGAAAUGGUUCAUUUUGUCGACAGCAGUGUUAUAAGCAUUGGCCGACGUGCAUUUGAAUCAUGUAUUCGUCUGAAACAUAUUAGCAUUCCAUUAAGUGUAACUUCAAUUGGUAAUAACGCGUUUUUGAAUUGUAAGAGUCUAAAAUGUGGAGUUCUAUUCCAGAAUAAAACAGAGGAUUUCAUCCAAACUCUCGUCUCUAGUGGCAUUCCAAAGAUAUCUCUUCGCUCAUGUGACACAUUAAGUUGCAAAUUACAACAAUCGCCUAAUUCUCCUAUAGCCAUUUUAGUAUUUAUCGCUCCAACUCUAUUGGGCAUAUUUUGA